AUGGCCAUGACAUACACCGGAUCAUCAGGGCUUGUCAAGGAUGCUACCUUCAGCCCUUAUUGGCUGGUACGCAACCUCGAGUCUGACCUUGUCGCCAAGCUUGCCAAGCUGCAGACUCCUAUGUGGAUUUGUGCUGGUGCAGCAGAGACGCUGAGUGGCGAGGUCCUGGACUUUGCUGAGCGACUUCGGGGCAAGGUACCCAUUGAGGCAUGGCUCCAUGAAGGCAUGUUCCAUGACUGGGUGAUGUAUACAACAGACCAUCCUAUGCCGAGCAAAGAUGCUGCAAUGAACAACAUGUUUGACUUCAUUACCCGGAUACGUGGCACAUCCUUCACCCCUGCAAAUGGCAUUCAUUACUAUAUAGAAGAAUGGGAAUGA